AUGGAGCGCGACCGCGUCGGGGAUGGAAAAACGCGCGCGCGCGAUGGCGCGGCGCGCGGUGGAUGUGAAGGUGAAGGAAAACGCCGCCGCGAAGAACCCUUCUCGACGUCGCUCAAGACGUCCACGAGCGCGCGCGCGACGCCGGAGCGGUCGGAGACGGAUCGUGGGACCUCCGUGGACGCGUGCGCCGAAUAUCGAAGCCGUCGGAGGUCGGAGGACGUCGGGAGCGAUGGGAUCGUGAUCGACGGCGCGAGCGAGCGCGAACGCGUGGAGGCGAAGCCGCCGGCGACGCUUAAAUUGGAGUACUGGACGCGAGACGAGGAGACGACGCGUAAGAAGCGGGAGCACGUGGAUAGAUUAGACGACAUGUUCGGGUACUACGGCGUGGAGGAUCACGUGGAGCGCACCGUGCUCAGAGACGCGGAUGUGAACAUCGAGACGAAUAUGUUCCCGUACGAAACGCCGAGAGGGGUGACGCACAUGACGCUGUGGUCGAGAAAGGAGAUGACGGGGUCGGAGAUCGUGCGUUGGACGAGUGCGUGGUUGAGAGUGAACAGACCACGGUGCGUGUCGUGGAAUUUCGAUAUGAAUGAAAAUAAUUCAGUGGACGUGCCCCACUAUCACGUGUUCACGUACGAGCCACCGCUGGAGCGGGCGAGCGGUACGCGAGGGGCGAAGCGCACGAGAUCGUGCGAAAGCGUGAGCGAUUUGACGUAUGUGUACGAUCUCAGCGACGAGGGCGAGACAAUUUAG